AUGCUCCCUCCCCACCCCGAGGGCUGGGCUUCCGCGGCCGGCGCAGCCCGGCGCUGCCGGGGUCCCCGCUGCCUCCGCUGCCCUGGGGACCUGCCGCGACCCCCUCGGGGACCGUCCCCUCCUCCCCGCCCGGACACCUGGGUCCUGGCCCCCACCGCGGGGGCGGCGGCGUGCGGGGCGGGCGCCGGUUUCGGGGGCUGUUUUGGGGACAGGCACUCACCGCACCGUCAGGUUCACGCUGCUGGUAACGCUGCGGCGGUUCUGCUCUUGCGCGGUGCCAAGGCCGGAGCUGCUGGUCGGCACGGAGCAGCCCGGCCCGCUCGGCCCUCGCCCCGUGCACAUGGCUCCGUCCAGCCGAGCGGCCUCGCGAGGUGGGAAAUAAGUGAAAAUCUCACUGUUUUGGGGGGCGUCCGGCGCGCGGUGCCCUGCGCGCGGCCUGAACCCGCCCGGCGGCGGCCCCACGGCAUCGCUCCAUCCCCCAUCACCCCACGGGACGCGCCACGGCCCCGUGUAGUUGCCCCACGGCUCAUUGCCCCGCUGGCCCCGCUCUCCCUGGCACUGAGGGCAGGUGGUGCUGCGGGUCACCCCCCCCAAAAGGCAGGGGGUACACGCACGCCUGCCGGGCGGCCCCGAACUGCCCGUGCCCCACGGCGGGGGGGCCCCGGCGCGCGAGGAAGGCAUGCGGAGCCGGCCGCAGCCUCCGGGAAGCCGCCCAAAACGCCUCAGGUCUCGCUCACCUUUCCCGUAACUCCGCCGCCGCCCCGGGGGGGCCGCCGGGGUAUAAAGCGGCAGUGCGGGGGCCGCCGGGCUCCGGUCCCGCCAUGUGCCGCCUGCCCGCCCUGGCUGCGCCGCCGCUGCUGCUGCUGCUGCUGCUGCUGCUGCUGCUGCCGCCGCCGGGGACCCCGGGGCCCCCCCGGGCUGCGCCGGCCCCCCCCGGCGUCGCCGGUGUCCGGCCCGUGGCCGUCGCCAGGAGCCGCCAGCCGCCGUGCGCCUGCGGGAGAGACGCCGCGGCGCCGCGCGGGGAGGGGCUCCCCCCUGCCGGCGGCCGGGGCCGGUGCCCGCCGUCCGCCCCCCGGCGCUGCCGCCCCCGCACCCCCACGAGGGGGCUCUCGCUGCCCCUCUAGGUGCCACACACGGACCGGCCCCCCCGGGGCCCCCCCGGGGCACCAGGACCCCCCAGAGACGCCUGUGGAGCCCCGCGACGACGCCGACCCCCAUGGACUGCUACGGAUCCCCCUGCGACCCCCCCGUGGCCCCCCGGACCCUGUGACACCCCCGACCCCUACGGAUCCCCCUGCGACCCCCUCCGUGACCCCCCUGACCCUGUGAACCCCCCGACCCCUACGGAUCCCCCUGCGACCCCCUCUGUGACCCCCGGACCCUGCGACCCCCCCCAGACCCCUACGGAUCCCCCUGCGACCCCCCCUGCUACCCCCUGGACCCUGUGACCCCCCCCCGACCCCUAUGGAUCCCCCUGCGACCUCCCCUGCAACCCCCUGGACCCUGGAGCCCCCCCUCCGGACCCCUACGGAUCCCCCUGCGACCCCCCCUGCAACUCCCCGGACCCUGUGAGCCCCCCCCCCAGAUCCCUACGGAUCCCCCUGCAACCCCACCCAGUGACCCCCUGGACCCUGUCACCCCCCCCCCAGACCCCUAUGGAUCCCCCUGCGACCUCCCCCGUGACCCCCCAGACCCUGUGACCUCCCCCAGACCCCUAUGGAUCCCCCUGCGACCCCCCAUGACCCCCCGGCCCCUGUGACCUCCCCCAGACCCCUAUGGAUCCCCCUGCGACCCCUUGGCCCCUGCGACCCCCCUGUAGACCCCUAUGGAUCCUCCUGUGACCCCCCCCAGCCCCUGUAAACCCCCACGGACCCCCCCAAACGCCCCCGAUGAACCCCCUGGCCCCCCAAACCCUCUUGGUCCCCACCUGGUCCCUGUAGAUUCCCUGUGACCCCCCAGACUCCCUUUUGGACCCUCCUGUGACCCCCCCAGACCACCUUUGCUCUCUCCAGGCCCCUAUAGAUCCCCCGUGGCCUCCCGGACUGAAUCCUUUGGAGGCCCCAGACCCCCCCCGCCCCCCCCGACCCCUAUGACCUCCAUGGACCCCCCCGGACCCUCUUAGGCCCCCUCCCAGGCCCCUACGAGCCCCCUGUGCCCCCCCCAGACCCUCUCGGACCCCCGACCCCGCACCCCCACAGCGACGAGGGGCCGGGGGGGGUCAAAGGUCCCGGGAGGGGCCACGGGGGGGUCUCAGGGGCCCGCUGGGGUCACGGCGGGGCGACGGGGCCGGGGUGAGGGGUCAGAGGCCGCGGGGAUCACCGGGGUCAGAGGUCAGGGGUCACCGGGGCGCCGCGUCCUCCCAAUAAAGCCAUCAG